GGCAGCGUCGCCGUCGCUCGGCUCUGACCCAGACUCUAGCCAGUCGCUACCCGUCGGGUAGACUGAGCCGGCUAUGUGUGCGUGCGUGGUGGGGGAAAUCAGAAAAGAGUCGUGGACAUUUGCAUCGUAGUUGAUGCGCACAGUUGUACAGAGGUCGCCUCAUACUGGGCUCGGCUAAAAACGGCCAAUGACACCUCUCCUACUUCUCUCUGCUUUGGCGCUCGGCGGCAGGAAAUGAGAAAGAGAAAGAGAGAGAGAGAGAGAGAAGUUACGAGGUAGUGCAGAAAGUGCAAGUGUACUUUUGAGCGAAUAUAACGUUAGACACCGUUAGACGAAAGUUUACAUAUGACGCUGGUACUGAGUAUUUAUAGCAUAACGUACAUUUGUUAAUGUUAUAAUAUUAUCGGGAUAAGUUACGUACAGUACGUAAACGCGUGAUCGGAUUAUCUACAUUAUUCGGUUAACGCGGCUUGUGUCUUUGACGAGUCUCCGUUGGAAAUGGUAUAACCUCCAACGCGCGGUGUAGUACGUAGAAGGUGCUUGUCAAGCGGGAAUUUUGUGCAACGCAAGUGUUAUUAGUGAAACAUAUUUUGUUGGCACAAUGUUCGAAGCGCAUAGCAUCCUUGCGGAUCAUAAAGAUCUCAUACAUGAUAUCGCCUACGAUUUCUACGGUCAACGAAUGGCAACAUGCUCGACCGACCAAUGUGUUAAGGUUUGGGACGAGGACGAGCAUGGAAACUGGCACUUGACCGCGUCUUGGAAGGCUCACAGCGGUGCGGUGUGGAAAAUCACCUGGGCACAUCCAGAGUUUGGUCAGGUUCUCGCCACUUGCUCGUUCGAUCGCACCGCUGCUGUCUGGGAGGAAAUUGUUGGCCAAGGUUCUGGAUCAGGAGCGCGUGGCAGUAGGCAUUGGGUUAAAAGAACAAACCUAGUGGACUCCCGUACUUCUGUCACAGAUGUAAAAUUUGCACCAAAGACUUUGGGUCUCUUGUUGGCUACUUGCAACGCGGAUGGAUUUAUCCGAAUAUACGAGGCACCGGAUAUCAUGAAUCUGAGUCAGUGGACAUUACAACAUGACAUCAAUUGCAGACUUUCGUUGAGUUGUCUUACAUGGAAUCCAUCUCUGUCAAGGUAUUACACAAUGCUACACCCACCCAUGAUUGCGGUAGGUAGCGACGAUACAAAUACAUCUAGCGGGGCGAAGGUAUUUAUUUACGAAUAUUCCGAGAGUAGUAGACGUUGGACGAAGGCGGAAGCGUUGUCGAGCAUUACGGAUGCCGUUCACGACAUCGCGUUCGCUCCUAAUUUAGGCAGAAGUUAUCACACGCUGGCCAUAGCCACGAAGGACGUGCGGAUAGUUACCUUGACACCGACUCAGGACAAUAUGCAAAGUGACGUGUCGCGUUACGAAAUAACCGUGGUGGCGCAGUUCGACGAUCAUUACUGUACCGUGUGGCGUGUGUGCUGGAACGUCAUGGGAACGAUUCUGGCGAGUUCCGGCGACGACGGCUGCGUCCGCCUGUGGAAAGACAAUUAUAACAACAAUUGGAAGUGUGUGUCCGUUCUCAAAGGAGACGGCACCGGUCAGAACGCCGAGACACCGGCGACUCCGCCGAACUCGUCGGCCGUGCAACAGCCGCCGUCUACCACCAGGUACUACAAAUUGGGUUCCAUCAGUCACCCAAACCAAGUACCUUGGCAUUAGAGGGCCCGAUCAAUUCCUAGAAUAAACAAUUGCCAGUUAUUUUUUUGCGUUUUACCGUUUAUCGCGCCGUUUGUACCAGAUGGAAAAUACAAGCUGUACACUCUCUGUUACGAUAAAGAUUGCCGUUCACCCGCAUUCUCCUGUCCACGUAGACCUCCUCCCUCUCCGCUCCUCGGCUUGUUUCGUUUAUAAUUUGAAUGUCCUCGCGACUCGCGAUUCACUGUAACGUGGGAGAUGUCCGUGUUCUGAAUCGUAGUUGUAAGUGCUGAACGCUUAUGUUACUUUACACCGCAUAACGCACUAUUCUUAUCGAGGUGAUUCUGUUCUCCGGCUCGCAUUCGUCUCGCAUCGCUGUCUCUGCAAGUUUCGAAAUUCUGGAACGUUCACUCGACCGGGGCAAUUCUUGCAGUGCAAGAUUGCCUUGAAGGGUACAUCUUAUCGUGCGUAAUAAUAUGCAUUCGGUUAUUACAAUUCGACGUAUGAUUAAAAUAAGAUACAAUGGAAAUUAGACGCAGAGAGAAGAUUAUCUCGCAAGUUCGAAAUUUUUACGAAAUUUCUCCCAUUGUCGCGAAGAAACGUUCGAAAUGACGUUCGAGAGAUUUGUAACACACAGACACACACAUACUCCGUUUAAUCAAUUAAUAAAAGCUGCAUUUCU